AUGGCUCCCGAAGCAACAACACGGGGAAGAAGGAAUCGAGUUUCACCAUCCACACCAGAGAUCAUCGACCUCGACUCUUUCCGCUCAUACGGCAAGCGAACCAUAGACGACGACAUUAAGAUCCUCAAAUUCACUCCUGAAAACAUUCCUCUAAGAAAACGUAAGAGAAAUUUCGAAAGAGGAGAGUCUUCAAAUUCAAGUAACAUUCCAUUUGUUUGCGAAAUUUGCACGGAAACUAAAACAAUGAAGGAAGCUUUCUAUAUCAGCGGCUGCUCUCACGCAUAUUGCUCUGAUUGCGUUGCAAAUUACAUUGGUUCCAAGCUUGAAGAUAACGUCAUCAACAUCUCAUGUCCAGUUCCCGAAUGCAAAGGUUCUUUGGAAGCACAGUUUUGCCGGAAUAUUCUUCCGGCCGAGGUUUCUGAAAAGUGGAGUAAAGCAUUGUGCGAGGCUCCGAACAAUGUUUCGCAGAAAUUCUAUUGUCCGUUUCCAGAUUGUUCUGCUAUUUUGAUCAAUGACGAAACCAAGGCUGUUAGAAAUUCUGAAUGCCCUAACUGUAAUAGGAUGUUCUGUGCACAAUGUAAGGUUCCUUGGCAUGAUGGGAUCAAAUGCAGCAAGUUCCAGAAGCUGAGGGAGAAAAAAGAUAUUAUGUUGAUGCGCCUGGCACAGAAGAAGCACGGGAGGCGAUGCCCUAAUUGCAAAUUUUAUGUUGCCAGAACAGCGGGCUGCAACUUCAUGCUUUGCAGGUGUAAGGGUAGGUUUUGUUACAAGUGUGGAGGUACCUACACUGCUGAUGGCGGACACUAUUGUCCGAAACUCGUCAAGAGGAAUCUCGUCUAUCCGGGUCAACAAAAGCUAACUCUCUCUAGAAUCUUUCCAGGUAGAGUUUAG